GGCGAGCUUCUGAACUCUAGAAUCCGACGUGUUAACUCGCUCCGCUACUUUAACUCAGUUUUCAGUCCCCGCUCAUAAAGUCAAACAUUACUUAAAAAUGCAAGUCCUUUCCAACUCUGGCAAACUCGCUAUGGUUUUAGGAACCAGAACGAUUCUCCUCCAUUCAAAUCACCGAUUCCCCCCCUCUUUGACUCACUUCAACUCAUUUCCUCUCCCUUCUCUUCAAUCCCAACCGAAUACCACUGCUUCCUCAGGGAUGUUUGGUGAUCGUUAUUUUCCAAUGCCUCGGCAUUCGAUUAAUACGAUUAUGUCAAAGAUAUGUUUUUCUAAGAAAGCUGGAACCACCUCCAAUGGCAUCCUUACUGGAAGACAUAGGGCUGCUAUUGCCACUGCAGAUGUUUGCGAUUCAAAUGCAGAACUUCUGGCAAACGGUGAUCUUCGUGCUCUUGAUCCACUCUUCAAGAUGUAUGGUCAAUGUCUUGCAUUUUCAGGGUCCAUCGUAACCGUUAAGGUGUUUGAGGACAACGUGUUGGUCCGACAGCUUCUUGAAUCCAAAGGCAAUGGAAGAGUUCUGGUUAUAGAUGGUGGGGGAAGCACAAGAUGUGCUCUGGUCGGAGGCAAUUUGGCUCAAACAGCUCGUGACAUGGGAUGGGCUGGUAUUGUUGUGAACGGCUGUAUUAGAGAUGUCAAUGAGAUUAAUGGAUGUGAUAUUGGGGUUCGAGCACUAGGUUCGAAUCCCUUGAAAUCAAAUAAAAAAGCUGUCGGUGAGAAGCACGUCCCGGUUAGGAUAGCGGGAACUUUGAUCCAUGAUGAGGAAUGGCUAUAUGCUGAUAGUGAUGGCAUUCUUAUCUCCAAAAUCAAACUCUCGGUUUAAAGCAGUAAUCUAUUGAUGGUUGGAUUUCGUGGCAAUCAAAUUUUCAGUUAUAUUAUUUGUUUCUUGGACAAUGACACCGGAAAAUACACAUGAAUAGAUACAUUGUCGGUUCUACUGAUUCAACCAAUUAUACACAUUGAGAUGUACUAAAAACAGUAGAGAUAGAAGAUGAUAAGUUAUGCAG